UGUGCUGCAGCCAGGCAGGCUCUUCAAAUUAGCGCCACUCGAAAGAAGAGGUUGGAGGUGUUCAAUCAACAAACGCUUCUGAUUCUCUUCUCUCAAUCGCUCCCACUGCCUUCUCCUGCUUCGUCGGAGCCGGAGUUGGCGCCUUCUAGGUCUACUGAACGCUCACAACACAUGGCUAUCGUCGGCGUUCUAGCUUUGCAGGGAUCUUUUAACGAGCACAUCGCAGCUUUGAGAAGGCUCGGAGUGAAGGGCGUAGAGAUAAGGAAGCCUGAGCAGCUUCUUAAUGUAGCUUCUCUGAUUAUUCCUGGUGGAGAAAGCACUACCAUGGCCAAACUUGCGGAUCUCCAUAACUUGUUUCCUGCUUUGCGUGAGUUCGUUAGAAUGGGGAAGCCCGUGUGGGGCACCUGUGCAGGGCUCAUCUUUUUGGCAAACAAGGCUACUGGGCAGAAAACUGGUGGACAGGAACUUGUUGGUGGGCUGGAUUGUACUGUUCAUAGAAACUUCUUUGGAAGUCAGGUAACUCUUGUUGCUUUCUCUUAUUCGGUUCUGAAACUAGGAAAUUGGCAUGGAAUGUGUUCAGGAAUCAAAUUUGCAUGAAGUUAUCUCUGCCUGUGUGGCACUGUAGCCGACAUGAAUUUUUCCCUUCAAGUCAUCCUACUAGUUGAAUCAGCUUCUGAUGUUUUUUUUAAAUCAUAGCAUGUUGGAAAAAUACAGUCAUAAACAACAAUCUGGGGAGCUUAGACACUUGCUAAUGACC